AUGCUUCUCUUCUACAUCAUCCUGCUCAUUGGAGCUGCUUCUGCGGCUAAACCGAAAUACGGCAAUUGUUUGGAAGGAGAUAAGAUACGCCAUGAGGUUGAUGCUGAAAAGUAUUAUCAAUGUGUGAGAAACAAAUGGGUUUUGCUUGAAUGCCAAAUUAACUACUACUUUAAUGUUGUUACUGGUUUCUGCGAGUUCUAUCGUGUUACUCCAAUGCCUCCAACUCCACCACCCAUGAGGGUCUGUCGUCCAGGAUCCAGAAAACCGGAUGUUUUUGACAACACGAGAUACUUGGAAUGUACUUAUGAUGGAAAGGGAUUCAUCGUAAGAUACUGUCAACCUGGAGCAAUUUUCGUCAGUUCUGAGAAUAUGUGUGUGAAUAUUCGACCAACGUACACUCCACCAACUCUACCAACAUAUACACCACCAACUCCAGCAACUCCUUACUACGGAGCAUGCAAGGAAUCUGCCGGAAGAGAUGGAUACAAGCCCGAUAUCUUCAAUUGUAGAAAGUUCUACAAAUGUGCAUCAGGGCUGUGGACCCAAAUGAGUUGUGGACAAGGAACGAUUUGGAAUCAAGCAAUCCUGACUUGUGAUCACGAUAGAGGACAAUGCUCUUAUCCUCCAGUAACCACAACCUAUCCAACCACUUGGCAUUCAACCACUUGGUGGCCAACCACCAGAUAUCCAACGAACCCAUUCAAAAAAUGGCUGUGCUUCAACUCUCAAAACGGAUACAAAACUCCACUUUUCGUUAGGUUCUUCGUGGAAAAUCGUGAACCAUAUCCUGUGACAUACAAUGUGAAGGCAAGGGAAAAGAUCUUCCGUGUGGACUCGUCGAGUGGAAUUCUGAAGUCUGGAGAGAGAAAAACAAUCAAAUUGUUUCUGAUUUCAUCUGAUGAUUGGCCUUUGUCAUUUGGAGAAUACACCCAAAAACGGAUUAAAAUGGCUAUUGAGUGUCUCAGAUUGCCAGAACAAAUUGAGCCGAGCAACCCAAAAGAAGCAAGCAUGAUGGCAAAAACCAUCUGGAAGAGAUCUUUCAACGAGUGGCCACUGGAGCGCAUUUACACAAAGGUCAACAUUUUCAUCGUCUCUUAA